CGAGACGACACCAAUGUGAGAAACGUAAAAUAUCGCGCGCGCGUUACACCGCAUAUGUUAAUUGUGUUUUCGUGUAUUGAAUAAUUUUCCGUUCCGAUUGCCGGCGCGUUUUCGUAUAAUAUCCGUAUUACCGUCAGAGGAGAACAAGAGACGAAUAAUAACAAAAACAACAACAACAACAACAACAACAAUAAUAAUAAUAAUACUGGAACGGAGACGACGGGGAAAAACGAAUAACGACAAUAUAUACGAUACGUCUGUGAAAUGACAUCUUCCGAACUACAGAACCUGCAGACGUGGGUCAAAGGGCAACCGGUGCGAGCGAGAUUGCUGGACGCUCAGCUUUGGUCCGAGUUUUUAGCCAUCAACAACGAAAUGAUCGUCACGAAAACCGGAAGGUGAGCGUCCGUUUUGUAUUGUACAUUGAUUGCGUUUAGCGAUAUUUUUAUUUUUUUUUUUUCUCCACCGGAAAAUUUCGUGUUCAAAUACGCCCCCCCCCCCCGAAAGUACCUGUUCUCGCAGCGAUCGAAGCGAAUAUUUUCAAACGUUUCAAACGUUUUCGGGUCACACGCGUUCGACUGUCUGAACGUUAAUUUACGCAUUUUGAGUUUGUUCGAAAUGCAUGCGUAAUAGUAGACUUGACAUAGUAUUUAAUGUCGCCGCGUUCGCCUUUAUCCCGCACAAUAAUAUAAACGGGAUCGGUUGUAUUAGAAAGAACACGCGUAGGCAAUAAUUUUGUAAUCGCGUUCGCAGACCACACACCUAUACGGUACCUUGUAAGAAUUCACUAGAAUAACAAUUUUUUUCCGAAGAAAAUAGUUUUUAAAGGCAAUAUUUGUGUGCGGUCAACAUAAUUAUAUUCACUGUCUCGUAUCGAAUUAGCGAAAUUGUGUAUACAGGUGGGUAAGUAGAAAACUAUAUCUAAUAAAACAAAAAGUUUGAUUGUUGCGGGAACUUUUAUGAAAACAGUCACCUACCAAUUCAAAUUCUACAAUACGGUCCGUAUUGCCGCAGUGGUUCCCGACCUUUUUGAGACUAUUACCCGUUAAUCGGGUUAUAGAUAUUAGCAAGUAUCCGUCAAAAAGUUAAAAAUUUUAGUUUAAGAACCAAAAAAAUUAAUAAUGUUUUCAAUCGGCGGUAUACCGGCCGAUAGUUAGGUAGUGGACAUGGCACCGACAAGUACAAACACCAAUAACGAACAGUGAACAAUUAACUGACGGUCGCAAACCGUCAAAUGAAUAUUGUAGAUUUUGUAUUAAUUAAAUAACUGUCAUCUAAUCUGAUUGCCCGAUGUACAGGAUUUUUCGGUUGUUUAAACAAGUUGUCGAUGGACGAACACUGUACAACAAAAAUAGUUAAACUUAUAAUUUAGGUACGUCGUGUUAAAUUUUCAAACAUUUUUCGUAAGUCGCAUAAUUUUUAUAACACAUAGGUACCUAACGAAUAAAAAUAAGUCAUAUAAAAACACGAAAAUAUCAAAUACCAAUAAAAAACCUAAAAACGGCUAGAAUGUUUUGAACAUUUUACCACGUCUACUACAAAACGCCAUUUUAAGUAUUUUGUGAAAACUACAAGUCUCUACGGUAAUUUUUGACCGAAUAACAACAAAAAACUCAAAUGCCGUACAUUUCGCCGUAUUUCCUACGUUUUUACCCGGUUUUUCGUAAUUACAAGGAAAAAUAUACGGAAAAUCAAAAACAACGACUUUAUUACUCACAAACAAGACAAAAUUAUUAGGAUAGGACUAUUAUGAAAACUAACUUUGGAUAUAAAAAAAAGACUUUCUUCGACGGUGGCUAUUAUAUUAGAAGGAACGAAAUCGAUCUCGCGUUAAUUUUCGGUUGGAGCAUUAUUUCUGGUAUAAAACAUAGUUUACAAAUAUUGAAAACAAUGAAAUCGGUAACGCCCGCACAGUGUGAGAAAUUGAUAUUUAAGGGAAUAUUUUUUUUCCUUUUCAUUUGUUAAUGAAAAUAGGAAAAAAAAAAUAACGCUUCAUCUAAAUACCUAGAAAAACACAAAGUAAUUGUUGCCAAUGUGUAUUAGUAUUUUUUCAAAUUUAACCGUACAAUAUACAAUUUAUAUUAGGUAUGUAUAUUUAUUUUUAAUUCACUGUACUCUUAUGAAAUAUAAAAGAUAAUACAAUUAAAGAAUAAAGGUGCACAUUUAUAGCCUUUUUUUACCUUUAUGAAUAAACCUAUCUUCAGUCGUAACAUUUUCGAACAUUACUUUUUUUUUAACCAACUCACAGCCUCGGAACAUAAUCGUUUUGGUACUAUUUGUUUAAUAGAACUUUUAAAAGUAAUUAAUGGAUCGGAUGAUAUCGGUAGUAAAUGAAAAACGUCGAGGAUGCUCUGGUUGGAGAAUUUUCUGUCGACUGUUUUAAAAGAUCUGCCUCUGUAUGGUUCCCAAUAGAAUAUAAAACACUUUUAGAAACGUAUACUAUUUUUUCAUUCGAAUUCUCGUAAAUAAUUUAAAAAUGAAUAUUAUUUCGUCGAUUUAUGUAAUUAUAUAUAUAUUUAUAUAAUUCAUUCGUUUUUUAUUUUUUUUAGCAAAUCCUUAUUCUUGACGAUACUGUUCAGGUUAAUAGGACAAUAUUAUUAAAUUAUUGCAUUAUUAGUCCUUGAUAAGUGUGCAAAGUUUCAAUUAAACAUGAUCUUUUAAAGUGAGUGAAAAUUACGUUUAAAGUUUCCAUUACAUAGAAACAUACAGGUGAAACUAGUAAAAGCGUGUUAAAAAAUUAUAAAUAAAAUAAGAUUUAAGAUAUUUAAGGCAAUUAGUGUCGAACAAAAUUUUUAUUUUACGAAAUAAUAUGUAUGGUUGUACAGUUGUAUGUAUCGAUUGUACUGCCCCUAGUUCCCCCCUUUUUUUUUUACAUACUAAUAAUGUUUAAGUUUUAAACUAUCUAAAUUUAUUCAACAUUAUAUUUUGUUACACCUGAAUUUGUGUAAUUAAAAACUAUAAUAGUUAUAAAGUACAAGCUUACCUUGUUGACGAGAAGCCAUUUUGUUCUCUCUAUAGUUAGUUCUGGGAAAAAACUGGAAAUAAAUGAAUAUAAAAUUUCUGAAAAUUCCACAUUAUUCAUAAUUGCGAUACUAUCGAGAAUAUGAACUUAAACCGUGUUUGUGGUAACGCCGUAGAUAAUAAGAUGGGAUUUUUUUUAUUUUUUAUUUUUACGCAACAUCAAAAUUAGUAUUAUCUGGUUUAUUACACAUUAUGGCGAUAUCAAAUUUAUUAGGUUUUCUCCACUCAAAUGACUACAAAACACUCAAAAUGGACUUUUAUUUAAAAAAUCACAAAAAAUCUGAAUAAAAAACAAAUGACGCCAAUAAUAUUUGUCCGCGUUAAAUGGUUAUCGAGUUUACGGCGUUAUUAAAUUCACGCGUGACGUCUAAAAUCCUACUCACGGCUGCGAUGUACCUAUACACGUGUCUGUUACCAAUCGGGUGUCACCGUUCGCACUACGAUACCAUGUUACCUAUAUUAUGCAUUUAAGACGAAUAAUAUCCGGUUCAUGUGGCUGUAACAGAACAAUGUAUUUUAUUACGUACUAAUCAUUAUUAUUUAUUAACUUACAAGUAUGUAUACAAACAUUGUUAACGGUUUAAAUUGAUUUAGUAUUGGAAAUGGAUAAUAUUAUUGUUUUAAUAAUAGUUGGGUAUUUGUAAUAAUAAUAAUACGUAAUAAAAAAAAUAUGAUUUUUUUUUUGUUGUAUGGUCCUUUUAAAUAUCAAUUUCUCCCAUUGUGCGCCGUAAAUAUUUGCCGUUUUACCUAAAUUGCUCUUUCCGGUUUUUUCCAAUUAUUUUGAAAACCAUAUGGAAAAUUAAAUACAGUCUCUCUGCCAACUAGAGAAAAUUUCCUUUUAGAAAAAUUACUACACUCUAUACGUUGAAGCAAGAUUUCUGGUAGAAAAAUUGUUUACGGACAGAAAAAAAGACGACAUUUGGGCAAAAAACUUGUAUUUGCCUUUUCUAAACGUAGUCAAAUUUUCAAAACAUUUGAGCCAUUUUUGAGCUAUUUAUAGAUAUUUUAAUUUUGCGAGUGUUUUACGUAAGUUUAUUUAGUAGGUACCUAUUACUGUUGGACUUCAUUGAAAUGCUUGAAAAUUCAACAGGAAGUUCAUUAUAAGUCGUUAUUUUGGUAAAAAAAUAAAAUAAAUUUAACGUAAAUUUUUGUUUUUUAACAAGAAUUUAAAUUUUGACGAAAACCGUAAAUAUUACGGCCUUUCAAAACAUGUAUAACCGAACUUCGCUCCGAAUCGUUUUUCGUUAGCAAUGAUUUAUCGUUGCGUACAGAUUUAAAUUAAAUAUCUCUAUGUAACUUGUCUUCUGCGCUUCCCACCGACAACAGUUUAACACACUCCCAUCAUCAGUAUCAGCUAUUUUUCUCAAACGACUCAAACAACUUUUCAACCGCAAAUCUCGCUCCUAUCAUUAAAUUUUGGGGCGGCUUCUGGUGGAAAAUUGUGUCUGGUCGGUGGAUUCGGGCGGUCAAUUUUCGAUUGUUCUCAUAGUUUUCUUAACAAUUUGGGUAAGCCGGGAAAAACUGAAAAAAGGAAGGUACGCGCAAUGCGGAUUGUCUGAUAUUGUCGUUUUCGUUUUUACAAUUCGGAUAACAAAAAUAUUCGCCAGCACACACACUCAUUAUUUUUACCGUCAUUAUGGAUGUAAAUCGGAAUGAGAUUUCUGGUGGGAAAAAAACAUAAACACACACGCCACCGUGAAACCAAUAGGUCCUUCGUUACGCUCCGAAUCUAAAAUUGGUCUCGUCGUUACCGCCCGGAAAAUUCCGUUUCCAACUCGUUUUCCAGGUUGGGAACCGCUGAUCCAGAGCCGUCAGAAUACAUGUAGCUAAUUUUAUAAUUUUUUAAACUAUAAAUCUAUAUUUAUUUUUUUUAUGAAUUUCGUCCGACAGUUAGUUUAGAUUAUCGUGUUUGGUACGUGUAUUGUACUAUUAGGCAAGUACCUAUUCCUGUAAUUACUGUUGUCAACGAAAAUCAAACAGUGUGCCUAUCCAUAACAAUAUUACGAACGACUUUUCGAUAAACUGGGCGAUGAGUUUUGUACCGAUAAACGGUUUUGUAAUAUUGUUGUGGAUAGACACAUUAUUUGAUUCGAAGUACGAAGUGUGACGCGGAUUACGCGUUUCGUUUCGUUUUCUGCCGCGACACAAAUCGUUAAAAUUAAUUUUUACACGUGGCGCAAAAUACGCAUACACUUCAAUGUACCCGGCGGUGGCGCAAAAUUACACGUAAUAGGUAAAAUCGGCCCAAAAAUACUAUCUCGCGAUAAUCCAUUAUUAAUAGAGUAGCCGAAUAUGCGUGGCCGGCACCUAUACCUGGUGCGCAGGCAUAAUUCAACUGUAUCAAAAACCGUCACUUAGCUCAGACAAUAACAGUCAUUAACUAAUAACCAUACCCAUUACGUUCAUCCGUGUCUAUAUGAUUUUGCAUUAAACAUACAAUAUGCACGUUGUAUAAUCGCAUAGUGUUUAUGCAGGAACCGCAGAACUUAUGUAAGCACAGAUAAUUAGGUAAUUUAUUAUUAAUUAUUAUAUUUCGAGUGGUACCUUAGGCCCACGAACAGUUUCAAAAUACCUAAGUAUCAUUAUUUACAUAAUAGUAUAAUGUGUGGGACAGUGCGUACAGACCCGGAAUGUACGAGUCCGGAAUGCGCAAAUCUGACAAACAAAAUAAUAUUUCGAAUUUCAGCGAAAUUUCGCGAACGUUGGCGACGUGCGGACUUACGUCUAAGACACUAUAGACAAUGUCCUCCCGGCAGUAGUGUCAGUUUCGGAUUUAAAAUGGGCGGGCGAGCGGCUAUUCCAGCGGCUCUUAACCUAAUUCGUUUCAGCGCCCCGUCACCGAGAUAUCUCUCUGCUAACGCCCCCAUCACUCAGACCUAUAGGCUUGUCGUUGCCUUUCAAUUGGUCUUUUGCUGACGACCUUAGUUAUUGUAGGAAUCUUGGCCAACUUAAAAUCACAAGUCUAAUCCGACCCUGUACAUAUUGUCAUAGAUUUGCUUGAUUUACUUGUAUUUAGUUAAACGUUUCAUACUCGAGUCAUUAUCUGUAAUUACUGACAUUUCCUGUUAAAUGGCGCGUCUCCGUUUUUAAUUUCGCGACGUCCGAAUCGCGUUGCAGUUUAAAGUGAAAUUUACCGUUUAUUCUAACAUCAAAUAUCGAGCAUAUGCUUACCCACUAGUACAAUAAAAAACUACGAAUAAUACUUUGGUACCUACUAAUACAAUUGAACACUUAACAUUUUUUUUAUUUCGUAAUAAUCUUGAAAUUUUGCAUUUGACCUUUCAGUUUAUAUAAAACAACAAUAUCCUAUAUUAAUACGGCUUAGGGAGGGAUGUAUCCCAAAGAUCCCUCCGUAAUUACGCCCCUGAAUGGUUUAUCGUCGCGUAAAUAUAUAAAUUAUAUUCCUCUCAAUGUCCUUCCUUCUAAACUUCUAAUUUACAACAGUGGCACACCCAACGUGCGAAAAUAUGUCCGUAUUUUUUUAUAAUACUUUCUGGUAGUAUCUGAGUGAUAUUCAAACAAAAAUAGGUAAGGUAUACUGUUAAAAUAAACUGUAAAAACUAUAAAAGUUUUAAUAUUAAGUAGGUACUAGGUAGGUAUCUAUAUAUAUAUAUAUGUAGUUUUAAUAAAUUAGUCAACAGUUCUUCCCUGUGUUUAAAAUGUUAUAGGUACGACUAUUAAUUUGUAAAAUAAUUUAAAAACUAUUAAGUCUUAACUGUUAUGUUCCAUUUUGUAUAGGCGAAUGUUUCCAGUGAUCAAAACCCAAGUCACUGGGUUGAUUCCGGGAGAUAUGUACACUGUAUUUUUGGAAUUUGUGCAAGUGGUCGGACAAAGAUGGAAAUAUAUAAAUAGCGAAUGGUCUCCGACCACUACAUCGGACCCGGCCACGAAAAAUCCUUUUUACAAACAUCCGGAGUCGCCAAACUUUGGCAAACAUUGGAUGGAACAGCCAAUUUCAUUCGCUAAAAUCAAACUCACUAACAGGCCGGAUAACCCUGGACAGGUAUGUAUAAAACCAAAAGCGAUUCUAAUAAUAUUAUAAAAUAUCAAUAUCUACGUAAUAUAAUAUUAUGUAUACUCAAUUUAUUGCCUAAUUUUCAAUAUUGGAAGUAAACCAACCUAUGGUUCAUAAAUGCUAAAACUAUAGAUUAAAAAUCAAUAUGGUAUUUUGCAGACUCACUUGAAUUCGUUGCACCAAUACGAGACCAAAUUACACAUAGUCAAAGUAGGCGAUCCGAAUGAUGUUCAAAUGUUUUCGAUGCCGCAGACUAGAUUUAUGGCAGUUACGGCAUAUCAAAAUGAAGAGGUAUGUACCUAUACACAACAGCCACCGUCAGUGAAUUUCAUUUACCUACCAUAAACUAUUUAACAACUAUAACAGAAUAUUAUAACUUAUAAGUUUACUGGCACAGGAUACAUUUAUAUAGGUACUAAACAGAGUCAUCACUCUUCAUUUAAUCUCAAAAAGUACCUAUUAACUUCUUUUAGACAGUUCAUAAAACAAGUGGCUUUAAAAUGUUACCAAUAUUAGGUACCGUUAUUUUUGUCAUCCUUAUUUUUAGGAAAUGGUUAACUAGCACAUUUUUAAUUAUUGAAUGGCAGCCUAUAGAUACGGAUUAAAAAUUCCAUAUUUAGAUGGAGUAUUAAUAUAAAAAUUUUACUAAAAAUGUAUUUAAUACAUUUUGAUGUUGAAAUUGUUGAUUUUCGUUAACCUUUUGACAAGAUAUUUCGCUUUGAAUUUUGGAUAGGGGAAGUAGUGGAGCAUGUGUGACAUUGUGCGCCAAGUUUAAACCGUGAUCCACCGAAAAAAAUACGAAAUGUAAUAUUUUGAAGCGGUGUUCCUUAAUUAUCAAAAAAAAAAAAAUCCAAAAAAAUUAAUAUUUUACAAGAUAUCACAAUGAUUAUAUUAUAUUGUAUUAUUUAUAUUCGUGGGACAUUCUGUAUUGGUUGAUAUUUGAAAUUCGAAAAUAGGCAAUGGUUACACUACACAAAAAUAAGGGUGAUAAAAAAUAACAUUAUGUACACAAAUCAACAUAAUAUUAUUGUAAUGUACAAUUUAAUUCACAAUGGAUGUCAUAAUGUGCAAUCAUACUAUAAUUUUUAAGAAUUUAAAAAAUAAAUAUUUCCACAAGUAUUGAAUUAUUUUCAAAUAUUUUAACACCUUUUAAAGUAAAAUUUUGUGCGUCAACAAAUAUUAUAUAUAGUUUACUAGAGACCAAUAUUAUGAUUUUGGAAUUUACAUUUCAAAUAAAUACAUAAUGAAAAUAUUCCUUUAGGUAACUAAACUCAAAAUAAAAUAUAAUCCAUUUGCCAAGGCAUUUAAAGACACUAAAGUCAAAACCGAAGAAGUAGAUAAAAGAGAACAAGAAGUUUAUCCGUCUGUACUAGGAUAUGGUAAGAAUUGUACACAGAUUAUUUAGUUCAUUGGAUAAAAUUUGUAAAUAUAUAAUUUUUUUAACACAGAAAGUAAUAACUCCAAUUUUAAUAAUAAUGGUAAUUACUCGACAACAACUACAGACAAUUGGUUGGCCCAGUAUGGAGGCCAAAGAGAAACGACAACUCGAUGUCAAUGCACAGCAUGUUACUUUGCCAAACCUCAAGUUAAUCAUAAGAAAUGCGUACCGAUUUACAAUGGUAGUCAAGACGAUAACCACACUGCAUAUCCGCCUGUAUCCUACAAUUGGACACAGUUAGGAGGAUAACAUAUCAUUCGCAUGUUUGUACAGCCUAAUAUUAUGUUUACUUUUGUACUUUUUUAUUAUUUUUUAUGGGUUACAUAAUAUUAUUAUUAUUAUGUAUACAUAUUAAAUUAUUAUUCAUUGUUUUACUUUAAUUGUAUGGUGUACUUAUACACAUUUGGGGUUAAUAAAAGUAUAUUAAUAAAAUUGGAUGACUAUUGUUUUAAAUUCUCAUUGAACUCAAAUCUGUUAUUUUCGGUGAAUUUGUAUUUAUAAGGUCUUCAAUUUUAAGCUAUAAUUAAUAUUAUAGUAAUACAAACUGUAUAUUUUAAAAUUAAAUAUUUAAAUUUGUUUCAGUAAAUUGUUUUAUAUGU